GUUCAAUGCGUGCAGACGAGGCGGAUUCGCAACAUGUCUUGAAACAUUUUUUUCCCUCUCUGCUGACUUCGAGUUGUGUGUGUGUGGCACAACAAGUCGAUCCCCGUUUGUCUCUGCAUGGUUCGAUCGGAGAGAGCAACAAAAAGGAUUCCCUUGAGAACAAUUCCAUGAUCUAUUGAGUGUCAAGCCAAAGAUUUGUCCAGCAAACAGCACGAGUCAUGUACCAGGUUGUACCCGGGGGAGCGGGCGGCACCAUAACAGAUGUUAUCCCCAAGCAAAAACACAGCAAGGACACUAGACCCUUAGUCGGAGCAGGAGUUCUUGGCUUGAUUCUAGUGAUCGCAGCAGUGACUGCAUGGUCGUAUUACAUCGCUUCACUCCGAAAAGCUGAGCUGCUCAAGACUCAAUUGCUGGAUCUGAAUAAAGAUGGUUACAUUAUCCGUAACCAGGCAGGAGCAAUUGUUUUCAGAAUGGAUUUUAGGUCAGGGACAUUGGAUUUAGACUCUUGCACCAAAGAAGGCGAGCUUCUUAGCUGUGGACGCACAACUGAUAGAAGCCUCAACUUCUUCAUUGAGACAGUGCGACCCAAGGACACGGUACAGUGCUACCGUGUGCGUUGGGAGGAGCUGGUUCCCGACAUUUCGGUGGCACACGCAAUGACGUACAAGUUUGCCCACUGGUAUGGCGGUGCGGUGUCUGCUAUUCAGCACUGGCCUAUUUCCGUCUCCGGCCAACAGUCCCCCAAACCUUUUGUUACGAGUGACAUCUACUCCAAUCGCAACGAGUUUGGAGGGAUCUUGGAAAGCUAUUGGCUUUCGUCGAAUGCUACAGCUAUCAAAAUUAAUAAUUCCGUACCGUUCCACUUGGGCUGGAACGACACGGAGAAGACCAUGUAUUUCCAAGCGAGGUACAACGAUAGUCCCUUCAAGCCAAAUCCGGGGGAGGUGCCAUGUGCCGAACUUAGCUACAGAGUUUGCGUCGGCUUGGAUGUCACAUCCAUCCACAAGUACAUGGUUCGUCGAUACUUCAACAAACCAAACAAAGUUCCUGCCCAAGCCAUGUUUCAACACCCUGUCUGGUCCACAUGGGCGCUUCAUAAGACAGACAUUAAUCAAGAAAAACUUCUGACGUACGCGGCCAACAUCCGGAAAUAUCAUUUUAACUGCAGCCACCUGGAGCUGGACGAUCGCUACACACGCCGCUACGGAGAGUUUGAGUUUGACCCAAUGAAGUUCCCCAAUACCUCGUUGAUGUUUCAAAAACUCAAAUCAGAUGGAUUUCUCGUGUCGCUCUGGAUUCACCCUUUUGUGAACUACAACUCCGACAACUUCCACACUUGUGUGGAAAGGGGUCUGUUUGUACGGGAGCCCACAGGCCAGCUGCCAGCUUUGGUCCGCUGGUGGAACGGCAUCGGUGGAAUCGUGGACUUCACCAACCCAGAAGCUCGCGAUUGGUUUGCCUCGCAGCUGCGUUCCCUUCGCUCCAGGUACGGAGUGUCUUCUUUCAAGUUUGACGCCGGUGAGACCAACUACUUGCCGUGGAAAUUUAGCACCAGAACUCCCAUUCGGGAUCCAAGUUUUUUCACACGACGCUACACAGAAAUGGCCAUUCCCUAUAACGACCGAGCCGAGCUACGUAGCGGCUACCAAUCUCAGAACAUAUCGUGCUUCUUCCGGCCCAUUGAUCGGGACUCUGUUUGGGGCUACGAAUUGGGCCUCAAAUCUCUCAUCCCCACAGUGCUCACCAUCAGCAUUCUGGGUUAUCAAUUCAUCCUACCUGACAUGAUAGGAGGAAACGCCUACCUCAACCGCACCGAUGGAAAUCGGGCAUUACCCGACCGGGAACUUUAUAUCCGCUGGCUGGAGCUGUCAGCUUUCAUGCCCUCCAUGCAGUUUUCCAUCCCACCUUGGGCGUACGACAACGAGGUUGUUGAAAUUGCUCGCAAAUACACGGCUCUCCAUCAGAGUAUCGUAGCCCCGCGGGUCUUGGAACUGGCUGGUGAGGUUCUGGACACCGGUGACCCAAUUAUACGACCCUUGUGGUGGAUCGCCACAGGUGAUGAGACCGCCUAUAAAAUAGACUCCCAGUUUCUUAUUGGAGACGAUCUCAUGGUAGCUCCUGUUUUAGAGCCUGGAAAGCAAGAACGGGAUAUUUACCUCCCAGCUGGUCGCUGGAAAAGCUAUAAAGGGGAGAGGUUUGAUAUUAAAGAGCCUCUGCACCUCACAGAUUAUCCUGUCGAUCUGGAUGAAAUUGCUUACUUUCUUUGGGUGUAGAACGAGCGAGGGUAUGCCAAGUUCAAGAGCUCCCUUCGAAAAUCCUAAUACAUAUUUGAUCAUCAGGACUGCUCAAACAGGUCUCAAUUCAAAUUCAAACACUCAGUGAGCCUAAAAAUCUUACCCAAGAGCCAUAAAUCUUUAAAGGAUGUUUCAUUUUUUUCCCUCUGCACUUUUGAGUGAAAGACAUCAUGAAAAUGUUAUGUAUAGUCAAUAAAUGCCUUCAAAAGGAAUUUACUGUGAAUCAAAGCAUAUGAGGAAUUUUCUUAGUCGACUAGCAGAUAUGCAACUGCGCUCAAAAUGAUUUAAUCCCCACACAGGAGUUUGCAUUGUCAGCAACAAAACAGUUGGCUAAAAAGCAUGUGAUACACUUUCUCAGGUUACUUCUCGCUGAGGCUCAGUUUAAGGCGACUGAGAGUUUUUAAAAAAAAAAAAAAAAUCUAAAUCAUGAUGAGCUAAUAGAGAAGGAUUUCAUUUCUCUGAGUGAAUGUACUGUGGAUCUUUAUAGUUUAUUUUAUGGUGUUUAAUUAUCUUACAAAAAUAUUUCUCCCCUUACCAAGAUUAUGCUUCAUUUGUUAAGAAACAAUAGUAACACUUACCUUUCUAUCAUGAGAAAAUAAGCUUAUUAUUUGUGUAUUAAUUCAUGAAAGCUGUGAUAUCUUGAAGUGGCUUAUACUAAUUUGUACUGUUUUUCAGGACUUGUAUUGCUCACAUUUCAUUGUGAUAUUUUACUUAGUGAUGCAAAACAGACAGAACAGCCUUAAAUGCCACAGAAAUGUCUCCCAAUUUUCUUAAGACAUGCAAAGUCAAAAACUUCAUCCUUUUAAAACUUAUAUCAUGUUACAGAAUUUAUGAAUAUUUAUUAUGUUGAUCAAGUACUGCAUGCAAUGAUGUUUUGUUGUGAUCUAUUUUGCUUCCAUUGAAAUGUUUCUAAAUACAGUUGGACCAGGCUACCUCCACAAAUGCAUAUUGCAUUAUUGUUAUUAUUAUUUGUUAACGCCAUCUGCCUUCGACUCGUGCGUACUGUGGACUUUGCGUAAACAUUAACCUCAGUGGGAUCUGUGUGUACCUCUGACAUAGUUGCAUGCUAACAGCGCUACCUAUAUUUAGCAGUUCUCACUCAGUUACUAUUUCUGUCACGGACACUCUUGCCUUAUGACAAGAACUAUCAUGAAGUGAAUGUUCCUUAUUGCUUUUUGACCGUGUUGGCGUGUGUGAGGAGUUUGGGUCACUGAUAGUGAGAAUAUUGCCAUUGUUUUUUCUUUUGUUUGAAUGCAAUAAAACUUUUUAACUGUA